AUGCAGGUAUCUCCUGAAGGAGGAAUUAAUUUGUGUCGAGCGGGCGUCCCUGGCACCAUUACAGGUGGCGUGGGAGAGGUUGUCGUAGGAGAGACAAGUAUCCCUCCUGAAGACAUGGAUUUGAAAGUGGCGUGUGGGAUGACAGGGGUAGUAUGUCAGCAGGUUGUGUGUACCGUGGGCGGUCUCCACCUGGCUCCCAGAGUGCAUCUUACUCUACUGUAUAAUCUUACAAUGUUAAUUGCACGAUAUGGUCCCAACACCACUGUUGCUAUAAAUACCUGGGCUACCCUCAGGAACAGUUUCAACAGUGAUCUCUCCACCACCUUGAGCACUGAUACAUGGGUGAGUCUGGUACCCAGGGGAUGGGUUGCUCCAUCUCCCCCACCCAAAGAAGCACCUUUUUGGGUAUAUACUGUUGGGGUGGUUGUAGGUGUGGCAGUCAUGGUCAUCAUCAUCCUCGUUCUUAUAAAGGCUGACAGUGUGAGCAUGAAGGCUGAUAGUGUGAGCAUGAAGGCUGAUAAUGUGAGCAUGAAGGCUGAAAGUGCUGCGGAAGAAAGUGUUGAUGCAAAACACACGCUAGGUUAUACGUAG